AUGAAUGUUCUAGCUUGGAAUUGUCGUGGAAUAGGCAAAGACUCCGCGGUGCAAGCUUUGAAGCAAUUGAUCACCCAACAUCGUCCAUCUUUUAUUUUUUUGAGCGAGACAAAGGUCUCUGAUCCGGACUACAUGAAAAAUCUGAGACUGGAGCUCGGUUAUCUCAACUGUGACGCUGUUUUUAGCCGGGGCCAGUCCGGUGGUCUGGCUUUGUUUUGGAGUGAUGGCAUUGAUGUUAGGUUUCGGUCAAAGUCGCAUCAUCACAUUGAUGUUGAAGUCUGGGAAAGAGAUGGUUCUGGGAUUGCUUGGAGACUAUCGGGUUUUUAUGGACACCCGACAACCAGUGAGAGUCACCGGACCUGGACGCUCCUUCGUGAGCUAUCUGUGCAAUCUGCACUUCCAUGGAUUGUGGUGGGUGAUUUUAAUGAAGUUCUGCAUGCGUCAGAGAAAGAUGGGAGCUGUGUACGUCGUGAAGGGCAGAUGCAACAGUUUAGAUAUGUUCUUGCCUUCUGCGAUUUAUUUGAUCUGGGUUUCUCUGGCUCGGCCUUUACCUGGAGUAGGGCUGGCAUUAGAUGCCGGCUAGAUAGGGCAGUGGGGACGGCGUCUUGGACAGAUAUAUUCCCAGCUACUCGGGUUUCCAAUCUAAAACCUAUUCAUGGGGACCAUGUUCCCAUCAUUUUGGGAGUGCAUCGGUCUCCCCUAGCCCCUGUUCAGCGUCGGCGCAAGCGCUUCUGCUUUGAGAGCUUCUGGGUAAGGCAUGAAGCUUGUGCAGAGGUAGUGAAAUCGGGUUGGGUGUGUGAGCCACAGAACCAACCUAUGUUAGAAGUUUCUCAGAAGAUUAUGCAUACGCGUUUCGCCCUUAAUGAUUGGCAGAGGAAUACUUUUGGAUGUAGACGCAGGGAGAUUGAGUUCUUACGGGGCAGACUCCAGGUUCUUCUUGAUUUACCUGCUUCAGAAUCUAACCAACAGGAGAGUCUGUCUUUGUCCUCAAAAUUGGAUGGUCUGCUUGCGCAGGAGCAUGAUUACUGGAAGCAAAGGGCGAAGAUUACUUGGCUAGCUGAAGGUGAGGUUGAUUUGUCUCAUAUGCAAUCUGUAGUGGCACUGGUUCAGCCAAGGGUCACACCGGAAAUGAACUCCAUGCUUUGUGCUCCUUACACGGCAACUGAAAUUAGAGUUGCUCUCUUUCAGAUGUAUCCCACUAAGGCUCCUGGACCGGAUGGGAUGCCUCCUUUAUUUUUUCAACGAUAUUGGGAUACUAUUGGAUCUAAUGUUGUGUGUGCAGUUCUGAGCUUUCUCCAUUCUGGUCAGUUACUUGCUUCGAUUAAUUACACACAUGUUUGUCUUAUUCCAAAGGUUAAAAACCCUACUUGCAUGUCAGAUUUGCGUCCCAUCGCUCUAUGUAAUGUCAUCUAUAAGAUUUGCUCUAAGGUGAUCGCUAAUAGAUUGAAGGGUAUCCUCUCCCAGAUUAUUUCUCCUUUUCAGAGCGCUUUUAUUCCUGGGCAUUUAAUAUCUGACAAUACUCUUAUUGCUAAUGAGGUUUCUCAUUUCAUUCAUAAUAACCGUUCCAGUUCUGAUGGAGUGAUGUCUCUUAAGCUUGACAUGAGUAAGGCUUAUGACCGCAUGGAGUGGGUUUUCUUGGAGGCACCUCGUGGCUACUUGGCACCUACCAGAGGUUUGAGGCAAGGUGACCAGUUAUCACCAUACAUAUUCCUACUUUGUACUGAAGUGUUUUUAGCUCUAUUGGAGCAUAAGGCUACUCAGGGGCAACUUCAAGGGGUUCAGAUUUGUUCAGGGGCUCCUAUUAUCCACCACCUUUUAUUUGCAGAUGAUAGCCUUCUGUUUGGCAAGGCUAAUUUAGAGGAAUGUUCUCAUAUUCAGGAUGUCUUGUUGGAUUAUGAGUUAGCUUCGGGCCAGAAAGUUAAUUUCUCUAAAAGCAGUAUCGUCUUUAGUAAGAAGGUGUGUCGUUCUUUGCAGCAGCUGAUUGCAGGUUCACUUGGUGUGGUUAUUGUGGACAAACAUGACAAAUAUCUGGGUCUACCUACUUAUUUGGGGAGAAAUAAAACUGAGUCUUUUGCUUACAUACAGGAGCGUUUGAACAAGAAGCUUGAGGGUUGGCAAGGCAAACUUCUGAGCAGUGCAGGGAAGGAUCUUCUUAUAAGGGUAGUUGCUCAGUCCCUUCCUUCAUAUACUAUGAGUUUCUUCUUAUUACCUAAGCAUUUAUGUGAUUCACUGCAUCGGAAGUGUGCUAAGUUCUGGUGGGGCAGUAAGGGUGAGAAUCGGAAAACUCAUUGGUUAUCUUGGGACCGAUUAUGCCAACCCAAAGAGGCUGGUGGAAUGGGUUUUCGGGAUUUGCAUGCACAUAAUUUGGCUCUUUUGUCAAAGCAAGGUUGGAGGUUAAUUCGUAAUCCAGGUUCUCUUUUGGCUCGAUUGUAUCAAGCUAGGUAUUUCCCUAAUGGUGACUUCUGGUCUAGUGAGCUUUCUUCAUCACCUUCUGCAUGCUGGAGGGGUAUACAUGCAGCAAAACAUAUUUUGAGAAGGGGUGUCCGCUGGCAGGUUCUUAUUAAUCAAUAUUUUGCACCUGAGGAUGUGGAUUUGAUUCUUUCUAUAUCUCUUAGUCAGCGUGAUGUACCCGAUCGUCUUAUUUGGCAUUAUGAUAAGAGGGGAAGAUUCUCUACUAAAAGCGCUUAUGCUCUGGCUUUUAGUGAGUUUCAUGAUAGUGGGGUAGCUACUUCUCAUCCGGGUAAUAUUUCUUCUUUUUGGAAGCAGAUUUGGUUUGCUCAAAUUCCUGGUAAGGUUAAAGUUCAUUGGUGGAAAGUUUGCUCUUCUAUCCUUCCUACAGUUGCUCAGCUACGCACUAGACGAGUCUUAGUCCAGGAUGGUUGUUGGUUUUGCAAUGAUCAGGAUGAAUCUAUUAAUCACAUUACGAGGGAUUGUCAGUUUGUAAAGGAUCUGCUUUCUUUCUUCCCUGAGUUGCAUGGUGUCCUACAGAUUGAUUGCAAUGAAGGUACGUCAAUUGUUACUUGGUUGGCAUCUUGCUUUUUGAAGCUCUCUCUAAAAAGAAUGUGGCCUUUUUACUGUUUGUUGGAUGGUUUGUAUGGAAGGAGCUCUCAUUUGGUUACUACUCAGAGUACUUCUGGGAUGAUUAGGCCAGGUUGGUCCCCGCCUUCUUCCGGCUGGCUAAAGGCCAAUUGUGAUGGUGCUUUUGAUUUGUUAUCUAAAUCUGGUGGGAUAGGAGUGGUUAUACGUGAUGCAUUGGGUGACAUUGUUGGCGGUACAUGCAUCAAGGUUACUUCUGUUGCCUCUCCUGAAGCUAUAGAAGCCAUGGCUUGCAGUGCUGCUUGCUCCCUAGCAGUACAGUAUCAUCUUUCUCCCAUUAUUUUUGAGACAGAUUGUCAGCACUUAGUCUCUUCUGUUGAGUCUGGGGGUGAAGAAACCUCCCCCUUGGGUCGUGUUAUCAAGGAUAUCAACUCCUUUCUACAUGUGCUAGUUUGA